AUGGAGGAGAAGAUAAUGUUUGUAGAGGCACAGAUAGAGUACGCAAAAGCCGAGGUGAACUCGCUAGAGGAGACGUCGUCGGACAGCAGUAAUGAUUUCAAUGGAUUUUCUUUUCCAUGGUUAGUUUAUUUUUUUGUUCCGUUGUCGUAGUCGAGUAGUCGAUUAGAUGAGUUAUAUUGGUGUAGACUGUGAGAAUGAGAUCUCGUUUCUAUUUGUUGUGAAGAACUUGAAAACGAAGGAACUUGAUACGAUGACACUUUUCGAGAAAUCUUUUUUCCACUUUUCUCUACAGGUCCAUACGCGAGCAGCAAUUUUGAAUUUGCGCGUAUUGUCGUUGAGGGAGGUAUUGCUCCCUUAAAGUUUAGAUUUUCCUUUUUGUAGGACCUAAAACUUUCAUCCAAUGAAUGACCAGAUAUGACGUUGAUGGUGUGAUGGGUAGACAAAAUUCGAGAGUUGACCACGGAAGUGAUAUUGAUGUGAACCUGAAUCAUUAAGGGAAUUGUGUAUUUCAAUUAUCUAUCUCAAUCACACACUUAGGUGAGCUUAUCACUGGCAACAACGGUGGUCUUGGUAUCUCAAUCAACGUCAAGGAGGUUAUUGAGAUGAAUGCGCAAAGUUUUUUGCGUGUAGUCAAUUUUGAAGACGGAAAUGAGAAAGAACAGGCGACAGAAGAGAAACUGCAAAAGGAUCUUUGGGAUAUUUGGGAAAGCGUCCAACUGGAUAUUUGGUCGACUGCGAAGGGAAGUAUUGCUUCCUCAAGGAAUUUUGCAUCAGGAUCUGAUUCCAGAGGAAAGAUUUCUCGGUUUAUUUCGUCUUCGAUCGAGGUUAAUGGGGAGGCGUGGCCCAGUUCUCCUGCAGAUGCUGCGGUUGAGCUGAGAAAGGCAUGCGAUCUAGAAGCUGAGGAGCAUCUACAGUCGGUUUUUGAGGGGAUUUGGAACGCCUUUCAAGAAGCGAUGCCGCAGGAGAGACAAGAUCAAGACUUGAUAACCAAGUGUGUCUUGUUCCGCUACAGACAACAUGGCAAGAAGCUGAUGUUGAUGGUGGUAACAGUGGACAAAAAAAAAUCGGACGAGAGUUUUCGUGAGGCCGUUCUAGUACGCAGCUUCUAUUCAUUUUCGUACCCCUCUUUGUAACCCCUAUUUGGAACUACUUACAUUAAUUGUACAGAAGCAGACGCAAAACGGCAUUGAGAUUCCUCGCCAUUUUUCGAUGGAUGGUUCAUAUUUCGCUGUUUAGACUUUCUAAUGAUCUGGUAGCAACGUCACAAGUCCUAUACAAUCUAUUUUUUAAGAAUUUUGUUGAACUACGUGUUCGAAGAUUAAUGCAGAAUACCGCAGAACAAAAAUCCGGAUUUGAUUCGGAGGGUAAAAUCUCAAUGAGUUUUUGCGUCUAAAGUAAGAAACGAGAUGCGCAUGGCCGCGCCAAUAU